AUGGCGCUGCUGCGGGCGCUGCUGCUGCUGCUCUCCAGCCCGCGGUUCGUGGAGCGGCUCUCGGAGUCGCGGCCCAUCCGCGCCGCCGCCCGGGUCACCGCCAGCGCCCUCACCCGCGGCCAGCGCGACCUGGCCCCGCGCCUGCUUCGCCUGCGCGACGCCUUCCUCGCCGAGCUCAAGGACGGCGCCCGCGCGCGGGGGUGGCCGUGGCCGCGCGGGCCGGGCCGCGGCGGCCGCCCCGGGUCAGCGCCGUGA